AAUUAGACACCAAGAGAAAGUGGCCAAUUCCCUUAUUGAAUACAACAGAAAAUAUUGUCCUAUUGCAUUACUUUUGGUUUCUGUUUUAAAUUUUUGGUAGGUUAUGCUAGUUAUAACCACCGGAGAAGUCGUUGGUGUGGGUGAGGUAGAAAUGACGCAGCAGAGAUGCUACGAAACUCUUGUAAUGCGCCUCAGUUUUUUUAUUUGCUUUUGCUUAUUUCUAUUCUCAAUUAUUAACUCUUUUUCAAUAAAAAAAUAUAUAUACACUAUCUUUGUCUAUUUUUAAUAAGCAAGAAGAUUCACUUCUGUUGCACGUCGACUAUAAGUAAUUAUUACGCACUAUAUUUUCACUUGCCGUUAGUAUGACUCAAAGGCCACAAGGAAAACUUUUAUCUUUAGAAAAGGAAGGAGGUUAUGUUUUGUUAAUAACUUUAUGCUAUUUGUAAGUUAACACGUGGUUUAGUUCGUGGAAUGAUGGAGGAAGGUAGGGUUAGCUUUGUUCCUUGCGUAAAGUGGGUUAAGAGGGGUGUUACGCGUCAAAACCCUUAUGUUGUGGAGCUAUCCGAGAAACAACUGGGCGAUAUUUUAGAUACUGCGAAGAGAGAAGUGAAGGCGGCAGAAGAUGAGGUGGCGGCUGGGAGCGGGUCGGACGAAUACAACAUGGAGAAGUACGACGAGGAGGGAUGCACGGAGGCGCUGUUCGGUGUGGCGAGCGCGGCGGUGUUUGCAAGCAACGCGCGGGACCCGCUCGUGACGGGCGGCGACUCGGACAGCGAGGCAGAGGACGACGCCAUCAAGCCCGAUGACAACCUGGUGGCGGUGGGACGCGUGGAUGAUGACGCUAGUGUGUUGGAGGUGUAUGUGUACAACCAUGACGAGGGCUCGCUGUAUGUGCACCACGACUUGCUGCUGCCGAGCAUCCCGCUGUGCCUGGAGUGGCUGGACAGGGGCAACAUGCUGGCCGUGGGAGGCAUGGACCACAUAAUCGCCGUGUGGGACCUGGAUGUGGUGAACUGCCUGGAGCCCGCACUUAAGCUUGGCCGCAAGAAGCGCCAACAGCGCAUGGGCCACAAGGAUGCAGUGCUGGAUGUAUCCUGGAAUCCAGUGCUGCCCCACCUGCUCGCCAGUGGCUCCGUGGACCGCACUGUGCUUUUGUGGGACUUGGAUACCGGCAUCGCCUCCUCUGCGCUACCCGUAUUUGGCGAGAAGGUGCAGGCUCUGCAGUGGAACCCCGCCGAGUCCUGCACGCUUCUCGUCGGCUCCUGCGACCACACACUGCAUCUCUUUGAAUGCCGGUCCAAUCGUUCCAAAACGUGGGCAGCGAGCGGAGAAGUGGAGAGGGUGGUGUGGGAUCAUUUCAAUCCCUUCUACUUCCUGGCGAGUACAGGCAACGGUAACAUUGAGUACUUCGACGUGAGGGCGGAUGGCCCCUUGUGGUGCGUGCCGGCCCACGAGAAGGAAGUUGCGGGCCUCGCCUUGAGCAGCAAGUGCCCUGGGCUACUAGUCUCUGCUGGCAGCGAGGGCGUUGCUAAAGUGUGGGACUUGAAAACUUCCAAGCCAGAAUUUGUCACUGAAAGAAAAAUGAAGCUAGGGUCUAUUCAGUGUUUGGACCCCAACCCUGAUCUCCCAUUCAUCAUGUGUGCGGGGGGUGACAAUAAGAAGAACAAUUUUAGAGUUUGGGAUGUUCUCGGUGUAAGCAGAGAGGCCAAAGAAGUGUUUUCAUCGCGUCCCUUGGUAACCUCAGGUCUUGAACCAAUGAAAACCAGUGAUACUAUGCAGGCAUUUGAGUUCUUGCACCUUGGUCAGUCCACCAGCACUGAUGUUUCUCCUGAGAGAACUAAUUAGGUGGUGGUCAUACUUAUUAUAAGUACCUAUGUAAACUGUGAGCUGCAAGCUAUUAUUGGACCUGCUAUUCCUUCACUCUUAUGGUAGCCAGCACAUUAACAGAUGUUUCCUUCAAACAAUAAGUCCUAAUUGUUGAAUAUAGUUGCUUUUAAAAAAAAAGAAGAAAUAAA